UCAGCCCACUCCCACUCAUCCCCAGCGGCCCCUGGUAGGGAAUUGCUUCCCGACUCAAGGCGAGGCCCAAUCCCGGAUCCCUCAUGGAUUACCUGACCGUCCCGGAAGUGGGGCAGCCCAAGGAGGGAGAGCAGGCGGCCCUCAGCGCCGCGGCCUCCCACAAACCCCCAAGCCAGUCCCAGUUGGCGGGGCCCCGCUCGGCCACCUCGCGGCCCUCUGCCCACCACUCGGCCUACUCCACCUCCGUCUUCUCCCGCUCCCAGCAUGGGCCCCGUGGCGGCAAGUCCGGCUCCAAGUCGACCACCCUCAUCCGCUCUCGGCGGGUCGGCUCCGCGGACCACGACGGCCCCGGCCAUGGCUACCAAAGAGGCCAGGGCCUCUGGAGUAGCAGGAAGAUGCUGCAGAAGAUAGUGGGGUUAAUGAAGAUGAAGUUGAAUAAAAUGAGGCAGCUCUUCAGGAAGCUGAUCCAGUCUCCGUUCUUCGAGGCCUUCAUCCUCUUGGUGGUGACCGCCAACGCCAUGGUGCUGGUGGCCCAGACCUUCGCCGAGAUGGAGAUCCGGGCGGAGUGGUACUUCACAGCCGCGGACUCGGUCUUCCUCAGCAUCUACCUCCUGGAGGCGGUCCUCAAGAUCAUCUCGCUGGGAUCCAACUACUUCUUCAACGCCUGGAACAAACUCGACUUCUUCAUCACCAUCAUGGCCCUGCUGGACUUCGUGUUGCCGCAGAUCUACAACGCCAUGACCAUUCGCCACGCCGGCACUAACACCUUCCGGGUCCUCAAAGUCUUCAAGGGCUUCCGGGCCCUGCGGAUCUUCCGCGUGCUACGGAGACUCCGCUUCCUGAACAGCCUGCAGGAAGUGACGGGGACGCUGGCUCGCUCCUUGGCAUCUAUCGGAGCCAUCCUGGUGCUUAUGUUCAUCUGCCUCUUCCUGUUCUCCGUGAUCCUGCGGGCCCUAUUCCGCAACACGGACCCCAAGCGGUUCCAGAGCUUGUUCACCACGCUCUUCACCCUGUUCACCAUGCUCACCCUCGACGACUGGUCCCUCAUCUACCUGGACAGCCGGGCCAAGGGGGCCUGGUUCAUUGUGCCGAUCCUCAUGGUGUACAUCAUCAUCCAGUAUUUCAUCUUCCUGAACCUGGUCGUGGCUGUGCUGGUAGACAACUUUCAGAUGGAGCUGCUCAAGGGGUUGGAACAGGAGAAACAAGAGAAGGCAGCCCUACUCCAAGAGAAGCUCCUGGAUGAUUCUCUGACAAAGCUCCAGGAGACAGACAAACAGGAGGAGAUGCAGCGGAUCACGGUUCAGGACCAGAUAGAGAGGGAAAUGAAGGGCCUAACGGAGAGGCAGCAGCAGCUCUACUUGACGUUCCUGCAGCUGAUCGCCGGCGUGGAAGUCCAGCAGCAACAGCUCCGCUCCCAGACGGCCAUCACCGAGGAGAUCGUGGACACGGUGUUCGAGGCUGGAGAAGAGGACCUCAAAAAGUGACGCCCGGCUGUCCACCGGACACCGGACGUCAGAAAAAGCCCCAGACUCGGUCCAAAGUUGUGGGGCUCCCCCGGACUCGGUAAUUCAGAUUUUCUUGCCAGAGA